GUCCAGUAGUAUCAAAAACCAAUUUGUCCUCCCACCCACACAAAAGGAUAAAGCACUGGCUUUGCACCGACCCACGUCCGCUCUUGCGACUCGGCAUCAAGGGCUUUGCCUUGCUGCCACUUGGAGAUGGCGGAUGAUUCGAGACACUACAGCACUCGGUGCCAAGUCCCCAUCAAGCAGCUCUAAUGGCAAGCUUCCAAAAAUGGGUUUUAAAAGCAACAGUAAAACCUGGACAAGAACCUUGUCUUUCUCUCGUUCUCACUCACGCUCAGUCCGAACGAUCUCAUGUCGGCGGCGAAGGGAACUGUGUGCGUCACCGGCGCCGGAGGUUUCUUGGGCUCCUGGGUUGUUCAUCUUCUCCUCUCCAAGAACUAUCUAGUCCGUGGCACCGUCAGAGAUCCCUUGGAUGGAAAGUAUGCCCACUUGAAGCAACUCCCAAAUGCAUCCUCGAAUCUGGAGCUCGUGAAGGCCGAUUUGCUGGAUUACCCAUCUCUGGUCUCUGCAAUUCAAGGCUGCUCGGGAGUUUUCCAUGUCGCCAGCCCUGUUCCCUCUUCCUCCGUGCCAAACCCCCUGGUUGACCUAAUCGAGCCAGCAGUGACAGGAACCCUUAACGUCCUUAAAGCAUGCAACGAGACCAAGGUCAAGCGAGCUGUGGUUGUGUCCAGUGGUUCUGCUCUCAUAAUGAACCCUUCCUGGCCCGAUACUCAGGUCAUUGAUGAGUCUUGCUGGUCCAACGCUGAACAUUGCAGAGCUACUGAGAAUUGGUACUGUGCUUCCAAGACAGAAGCUGAGAGUAAGGCACUGGAGUACGGGAAAGCCAGUGGACUUGAUGUAGUAACCGUUUGUCCCAAUGUAAUCUUGGGUCCCAUUCUGCAGUCUACAGUGAACGCGAGCACCUUGCUGCUCGUCAAGCUUUUGAAAGAAGGGAAGGACAUGGUCGAUAAUAGGCAUUUUCUGGUCGUGGAUGUUCGGGAUGUAGCUGAAGCGCUGGUUUUGGCUUACGAGAAACCUGAUGCGCAAGGAAGAUACAUAUGUAGUUCGCAUUCCGUCCAUGUCAAGGACAUAGUUGAUGUGUUGAAGGAAAAGUAUCCCAACUACAACUAUCCAAAGAACUUUACAGAGGUACCGCAGAAGAAAGAAAUGAGCUCAGACAAGUUGCAGAAGCUAGGCUGGAGAUACCGUUCACCGCAGGAAACUCUGGUGGACGCUGUGGAAAGCUACAAGAAGGCUGGCUUAUUGGACUAGAACUGAACCCAAUCCAAUCCUAUUUUACUGAUGAACCCAAAUUUCUGAAGUGCGGAUGGAAGGCUUCCAUGUCCAUGCUUGAACCAGAUAGAGGUUGGUUCGUAAUAAGUAUCUCGGUUUGUUUCGAAAAUACUGGGGAGGUAGAGAGAAUUUGGUGCUGCAGCAUGUUCUAUCAGAUAAUGGAAUAUGAACUGAAGGUUUUGAAUUUUAAAUUUUUUUUGGAUAUUAUGAUGGAUUUCGUUGCAUUAUGAAUUUGGUGCUGCAACACUAUUAUUUAGUCUCAUUUCAGUUUGGACGUCAUCGUUAGCACGCCACAAUGUUGGUGCGCUACUGCUUAGUCUCAGUUUGAAUUAGGAUUAGGCGUUACUAUGUUGGUGCACUACUACUUAGUCUGGUUUGGCGUCAAUUUUCGAUAACGCGAUACAAUACUGAUGCGCUACUACUUAAUCUAUGUAAUACAGGUUUAGUAACAUUCCCAACAAUCAUCGAAUUUGGUAGGAGCUAAGGACGCUGGGAUGGGAGAUAGGCUCAGUGGGGGGGAGGUUUUUAUUUUUAUUUUUAAUUAAAUUAAUAAACUAUUUAAAUUUAUGAAAUAAGUUAAACGAGCUUGUUCACGAACUUUCGAGCUGAACAUGAUAUGAGUCGAGUUUGGCUGAUUCAGUUAACGAGUUUGUUCGCGAUCUAGCUCGAUUAGGACAAAUCUGAGUGUCGAAUGAGUUUUUUCGAGUCGAACGCCGAGCCGUUCAUGAGCGGCAUGAUUCAUUAACAAUCCUAGUUGAAGAAUAUGAAUGUGUAAAAAAUAAUAAUAGAGGGAUAAAUUUGUUAACAUACAAUAGUAGAGGGUACAAAUUGCUAUUAACUCACGAAAAUAUUAACAUAAACAGACGGCUAAUUACAUAAAGGAUCACAAACGGUCUAAUAUCAAAACAACGAGUCUAGCUAGUAUGGACUGCAUGGGCGGAUGGAAGAAUGGGCCACGUCCACGUGUGGGCUUCGUGAAUUGGCCAGAAUAACGACUGACUAUAGGCCCACUUGUAGGCUCUCUGGACUGGAGAGUACGGCGUUUAGACUUGAUUUUAAAGGCAUUGUGAGUCUUUAUAGGCCACUAGAUUCUCCAUUUUAAGAGAUUUCAUGUCACAAGCAUGGUAAAGGAAACAGUACCGGACAUCAUACCGGAUUCCUUUCUGGUAUGGUAUUUUGUGGUACGACCGUAGUUCAACCGUUUUGUACCGGUAAAUACCAUUUUUCACUAUUGAUAGAGAAAUGAAAUGCGAUAGUAUAAAAAAUAUAAUCCAUCAAAAAAAGAACCAAAUAGAGCAUUAUACAACCACGGUGACCCAUUUUCAACAUAGAAAAAUGGCAAAAUAAUAUUCUUUUUUAAUUACCGUACCGGCCGGUUUUUUCGGUUUGACCGAUUGAACCGGCCGGUACGAUCCGGUUUCCUGGUCUAUGAUUUAGCUUCAUUUCUCCGUAUCGCUUUUGGUCCAAUUUCCGGUUGAACCGGUUGAACCGGCCGGUACGAUCCGGUUUCCUGGUCUAUGGUCACAAGGCCAUUAGUCUAUGGGUGAGUUGAGGGGUCGUUUGGAUGAAUUGUUUAGUUUUGUGGUAUUUGUAAGGUGAAAUAACGCAUUUGUUGUUGAUUUGGUAUUUGUGUGGUAUUUUUAUGAAAGUUGGGAUAAAUAAUCUUGUUUGGCUAAACCAAUAUUUGCAUGUGGUAUUUGAUGAUAAAAGAUGCUAAAUAACAAUAUUGCCCUCAA